UCCCGCCGCCGCCCAGCGCUCGCCCCACUCCCGGGACCGUCCUGCGCGGCGCCGGGCGCACCAUGGCUCGUCGGGCCGCCGUGGCGCUGCUGCUGCUCGGCCUGCUGGGCACCCUGCGGCCCGCCCGGGGUCAAGAUUUCGAUUUGUCGGAUGCCCUUGGCGACAAUGACAAGAAGCCCACGGCGCCCCCCAAGAAACCCAGCCCUGACGAUGACGGGUUCAGUCUGGAGGACGCCCUCGGCGGCGGAGGAAACAAUGACCCAGUGCCGCCUAAUCCACCCAAACCGAAGCCUAAUCCCAACCCCAACCAGCCUGGAUCUUCUGGUGGCUUUUCAGAUUCCGAUCUCGUCGAUGGAGCUUCAGAUGGAGGAGGCGGUGGCGGUGGUGGCGGCGGAAGCCAAAGGCCCGACGGGGAGGAGCAGGCUGACUCCCCUGGGGUAGUCCCUGGCAUCAUUGGGGCUGUCGUGGUGGCCGUGGCCGGAGCGAUUUCUAGCUUUAUCGCCUACCAGAAGAAAAAGUUGUGCUUCAAAGAAAACGCCGACCAAGGUGACACCAGCACGAAAAACCAGCAGAGCACCAACGCCGAGCAACCAGUUCAGUGGACUCUUCUGGAAAAAUAAAAGCUUGGCCACAAAUGCGACUCUGUGACAAUCCCCGCAGGAGGACGAGUCUGGCCUGCUGCGUCCUCCCGACAAACGCAGGCACCAGGGCAGAGCCAGCCACGCCGGGAUCCAGCCCCAUCCUGUCCAUGCCUUUGUUCACGCUGAGACUCUUUCUUUUGACCUUGACAUGCGUUGUGCCUGUUUGCACCACGCUGGGUAGAUGAGGGAUACUCGUGCCGCGGGUUGCAUCCCGAGGGGAAUGGCGCUCACGCUAUCCGUGGCCGUUAGGCGUUUCCCCGUGGGGUGUGAAAGGCCGAUCGUCCAUCACAGUCAGCCCAUCAAUCCAACGCUGACCCCACAAAGUUCCCCCACCCGGAACUCUGGGUCGUGUGACCAACAACGUGUGAAUUAAACACAACCGUCCCCUGGCAUUGACCCUUGGAUACAGUGACAUAAGCCUUCAGUUAGUGUCCUCAGAACCUCCUUCAUUGGGUAAGAUUUUUUUUCACACCACACUAAUAAAAAAAUAAAAAACCAAGUACUUUUUACUUAAAUGUCUUGCCAUGGGGUGACCUUUAAAGGAGGCUGUGGAGAGUAGUGGAAUAGACCCCGUGGUGCCUUUUCUGGGACUGUAAGACAGUUGAUUGACCGAAGCAUCCCCCUGCAUUUUCGGGAUUUUCUUUCUCUGCCUAUUUGCCUCUUCUGGUCUGGUACACCAAGGACAUUCAGAUACUCCCCUGGGUUACAUCCUUCUCUGUAUUCAGAUACUCCCUCAUGUCUAGAUACUCCCAUGCAUUCAUAUAUUCCCUUGGAUCAGAUACUCCUGUACAUUCAGAUACUCACCUGUAUUGCAUACUUGUCUAUAUUCAGAUACCCCCCUACAUUCGGAUACUCCCCUGCAUUAGAUAUUUCUCUAUACUUAGAUACUCCACUGUUUCAGAUACUUCUCUGCCUCCAGACAUUCCGCUACAUCAGAUACUCCUCUGCAAUUCAGCUACUCACCUACAUCAGAUACUUCCCAGUAUCCGUUAUUGCCCUGCAUCCAGAUACUCCCCUACAUUCAGAUAGUCCUCUUCAUCAGAUACUCCUGUAGAUUCAGAUUCUCCCCUGCAUCAGAUACCACCCUGCAUUCAGGUACUGCCCUCUUGUUCUGUGGGUUUGUUUUUUUUUUUGUAGAAAUUUGCCAACUGUAACAUCCUUACAAAGUGUUUUAACUGCUUUGAUGUGAGAGCUUGCUUUAACUUUGCGGUAAAAGUGCUUUGUGGCAGAGGACCUCCUGCUUUGUGUCCUAAAGACUGGAAAUGAACUGAAAGCAUCAACUCUUCCUCCUUGAAAUAAACAAUGACUCUUCUACGUCAAGAAGCACGUCCCCAAUGUAGGGCCCUGCACACACACACGCACAUGCACGCACAAGGCGACAGAGAUGCAUGCUUAUAUGUGGCAGUUUGCAAAGGGCUUCGUUGAGAUCUUCGUGUUCACAUCAUGACGUGCAGAAGCCCUGAUGUUCUAGGUGCGUACACUUCCCUCCGCUGAAGAAGAAUUAGGACACCUUCAUCAGCUUCCAGUGACACGGCAGGCUCAUGCAAAUCUGUUAGGACAGUCGUGCGGAGAAUGGCAUGCUCGUGAGGAUGCACAUCUCAUCAUCAGUAGUGAUGUUCAGAGGUGCAGCAUGUUGUCCAAGCCAGGUUCACACACAUCAGUCCCCAUCGAGGGGUAUGCUGGCAUCACACCUGGAUGGUGUGCCAUCACAUAUCACCAGAUUUAGGGGAAGGGCUGGGGUGGAAGUAUCAGUCAUCCAUCAUGGGUCUUUGUCACUUGGAAGCUCAGAAACACUGCUGGCAGUCUGGGCGGUGGGCCCCUGAGCCUUCGUCCCUUGUGUUAAGGACUCCAUCCCUCCCCGGACACUAUCCCUCCAUUAGCUCCUACUUCCCUCCAUUGCCCACGAGGUUUCAAGCUUCAUUCUCAAGAUCCAAUGGGGAGCAUGGUCUCUGGCUCUUUUUGCAUUUAACUUCUUUUUCCUGUUUUUCAUCGAUGGUAACCUUUGAGUCUGUGAAGUGGUAAAAUAAAAAAAAAAAUGGUUGAGACCCCUGAGUGUGUAUCACAUCCAUUCAUUAAUUCAUUCUGCAAAUAGCUACCCCCCUGUGGCUCAAGUGUGUACGGAGUUGGACAGGACACUGGAUUCUGGAGGACAUAACACAAACCUCUCAAGAGUUGGGGUCGACCAGUUGUCAAGGGCUGAGGGCUGGAUUAUCUAAUACGCUUGGGCCCUGUUGCUUAGCUAGCACGAAACCUAGGUGACAAACACAGCACAGAAGUAUCCACGUUCUUCUCAAAUGAGCCUUUAAGGUCAGAUUCCACAUGCAAACUUGCUUUGUAAUUUAAAAAUCAUAAACUCUGUGAACUACAUUGACAUUUUUGUAAGCAUUGCAGUCAUACCAUCAGCGUAAAUGUCUCCUUAAAGACGAGAAUACGGAGACCAUGGAUAUUUUUUUUUAAGGUAUAUGAAAUCAUGACUCCUUUGUAAAUAAAUCUACAUUUAAGCGAUA